AUGGCGUCCAACAAGCAGGGCAAGAUGAUCAACUACCGUAUGCGCAUCACGCUCAACGACGGCCGCCAGAUGACCGGCCAGAUGCUCGCCUUUGACAAGCACAUGAACCUCGUCCUCGCCGAUACCGAAGAGUUCCGCCGCAUUCGCCGCAAAGAGACCAAGCCUGCCGCGUCCGGCUCCGGCUCCGGCGCUGGCGGCCAGGCGACGACGACCACCAUCGAGCGCGAAGAGAAGCGCACGCUCGGCCUCGCCAUCGUCCGCGGCGCCCACAUCGUCUCGCUGUCCGUUGAGUCGCCGCCCCCGGCCGACCCCAGCGCCCGCCUCGGCAAAGCGCCCACGGCCGGCGUCGCAUCCGGCCUGGCGGCUGGUCCUGGUGUUGCGCGGCCGGCCGGUCGUGGCGCACCUGCGCCCAUAGCACUGGCCGGCCCGGCAGCGGGUGUCGGUGGUCCCGGCCAGCCUUUCCCGCCUGGCUUCCCAGGCGCGCCCGGCUUUGGCCGCGGAGGUCCUCCCCCCGGCUUCCCUAGCGGCAGCGGCUUCCCGCCGGCUGGCUUCCCCGGCGGCCCUGCUGGUUUUGCGCCGCCGCCUGGCUUCCCUGGUGGCGGCGGCCCACCACCCGGCUUCAACGCACCCCCACGGCGGUAA